AUGUCGUCGCGGUCUCGAUUAAGAUUGUCGCUGACGGUCGAUUCUCCAAAUGCAGGCUCGGAAACCGAUGAACAGCUUCUUCCACAACGACCGUCGCUUCCUGCUUCGAGAAACAGCCACAACCAAGACUUGGAAAGUCAGCAACAGCAACAACAACAACAACAGCACAAUCUACCCACCCUCUCGCACCGACUACGCCAUGAUGCAUCAGUACUUGCUCUCGCCCUUUCAGACGACGCCAUCUUUGCUGGAACUCAACGCGGCGAGAUCCUCGUCUACUCGCUCGACACGUAUGACCGCAUCGCCCUGCUCGAAGCACACAAGAGCAGUGUUCUCGACCUCUGCAUCUGUCCAGAAGAGAAUCUGCUCUUCUCUACCGCCGCCGACCGCAUCACAAAUGUCUGGGACUUGAGUUCCUACCAGCACGUCUAUUCGCUAUACUCGCGCUACGAUACCGGCGAUGUCUUUUGUGUCGCAUACUCGUCUCUGCUCCGGACCGUCUACCUCGGUGCCCAGAACACGAGUAUCCAGUGGUACGACUUGAAAGAGAAGGAUCACAGACCAAAGCCAAAGCGAAAUGAUCAUCCCUCGUUGAGAGAAGAUCCUUUCUUUGACUCCCGGGGGCCUGGUGGUGUCAGGACACCCAGACCGGCGGAUCAAGGUCUUCCUGCCAGACAUGCUGCUGGAGGUGACGUUCUGGAAAUCGACCAGGACAACAUCAAGCACUUUGCGCAUUAUGGCUAUGUUUAUUGCAUGAUGUUAGCAAAGGGUGUUGUGCCUGAUGCUCCAGGCGAUCAGGUCUUGAUCUCUGCUGGCGGAGAUGGUGCUAUCAAUCUGUGGACUAUGGAUGCGAAUCGUGGUGGUGCCAUUGAUCUGCUCUACACACUUGACGAUGGCAGAGAAGAAGGCCAGUCCAUCUUGUCUCUUGCCAUUGACGCCACCUUCCUUUACUCUGGACGCACCGGUGGUGAGGUCAAUGUCUGGGACUUGGAGACGAGACAGCUUGUUCGAAGCUUGAAGGCGCAUAGAGAUGAUGUCUUGUCAAUCUGUAUCGGCGGUGGCUACAUGUUCUCCGCCGCCGUUACUGGUUACGUUAGAUACCAGUGCGCCAGCAGACUUCAUGCCCACGAGGGUCAGAUCUUGACUUCGGCCUUUACAUACCAUAAGGGCAAGCCUUUGUAUGUGACUGGAGCUAAUGAUAACACCGUCGCUAUUUGGGAUAUCAGCGAUUGCAUCAUGUCUCCAACUGCUGUCAAAAGAACGACCGAUGAGCAGAUGCUUGACCAUCUUAAACGCUUCAUCUCUUACCGCACUGUAUCUUCUGACCCCAAGUACAAGGGUGAUUGUCGUCGCGGUGCUUCAUACCUUCGAUCCGUCUUCAAGGGCUUUGGUGCUGCCACUGAAAUGCUGCCGACCGAAGAUGGAUCAAACCCCAUCAUCCUCGCCCGCUUUAGAGGCAAUCCAUCCACGGCAGCCACCAGAAAGAAGGUCUUGUUUUAUGGCCAUUAUGAUGUCGUUGCUGCCGACAACGAGCAAGGCAAGUGGAUCACUGACCCCUUCGUCAUGGAAGGCAUGGACGGUUACCUCUACGGAAGAGGUACAUCGGAUAACAAGGGUCCGAUCAUGGCUGCCAUCUUUGCUUGCGCCGAACUCAUGUCAGAACAAGCUCUUGGCUCGGAUGUCAUAUUCUUGAUUGAGGGUGAAGAAGAGAGUGGUUCGCGCGGAUUUGCAAAUGCUGUCAAGCAGCACAAACAAACUAUCGGAGACGUCGACUGGAUUCUGCUCGCUAACAGUUAUUGGCUGGACGACUCGAUACCUUGCGUCACCUACGGUCUUCGCGGUGUCAUCCACGCUACCGUUCAGGUUGAGAGUGAUCAUCCUGAUUUGCACAGUGGUGUUGAUGGAAGUUCACAGCUUGAUGAGCCAUUGAAGGAUCUUGUCAUGUUGCUGUCUACCCUGACAGGUACUCAUGGCAAGGUCAAGAUUCCCAGCUUCUACGAUCCCAUUCCGGAGUUGAGUAAGGAAGAAGAGAUCUUGUACGAAGACAUCACUCAAGCUUUGGUCGCCAGGAACCCCGAUCUCGGUGAUCCUCGCGAUCUUGCACUUUCUCUUAUGCGUCGCUGGCGAGAGGCUUCACUAACUGUCCAUCGCUUCCAAACUUCUGGUCCUGCAAAUGCAGCCAUCAUCCCCAGACUCGCAAAAGCAGCUCUGUCACUUCGCUUGGUGCCGAACCAAGAAGCAGACACGGUUGGAGAGGCACUGAUCAAAUAUCUGCAAUCAGAGUUCAACAAGCUGGGAUCACACAAUCGUAUGACUGUCACCAUCGACCAUCAAGCCGAACCAUGGCUCGGCGACUUCAAUAACCAGAUCUUCCAGACUCUUGACAAGGCAAUCAUGGAUGUCUGGGGCCCUAUCCCCGAAGUACCUCAACAUCGCAGAAAGUCGUCUCUCGCAGUCAGCAAGGAGAACGCACUCAAAGUCACCAUCCCAAAGAAGGAAGAAGUACAAAACACACAGAUCUCCAAACCCUCACCUACCACAUCCUCCGUACUCGCCAACGGCGGACCCAACACCUCUGCGUUAACAGACGUCACCAACGACGCCAUCUCUCUACCUCUCCCACAACUAUCAGCCAAGAAACCGCGAACCAAGCCUCUGUACAUCAGAGAAGGAGGUUCCAUCCCCGCCAUCAGGUUCCUGGANAAAGAAUUCGGAGCGCCGGCUGCACAUUUCCCUUGCGGCCAAGCAUCAGACUCUGCACAUUUGGACAAUGAGCGUUUGCGAUUGACGAAUUUGUACAAGAGUAAGGAUAUUUUCAAACGAGUGUUUAGGGAUUUGCCUAUGAACUAA